AUGUCUCUAGUUUUCAAAUUCUUAAUUCUGGCAAACUUGUUAGCCUCAGUCCAAUCCACAUGCCAAAACGACAAAGGCAACUACACCACUAACAGCGCGUACAUGUCAAAUCUCAACGCCGUCCUUUUCUCUCUCCCCACUGGCCUAAGCAGCACCGGUUUCUACAACGCCUCCCUAGGGCAAAAUCCCGAUAGAGCCAACGCCGCCGUGCUCUGCAGGGGCGACAUCGAGCUUGACGAGUGCCGCCAAUGUCUCCGGGAUAUCACCGCCAAGCUUCUAAAAUCAUGCCCUAAUCAGAAGCAGGCCACUGAAUGGGACGAUCGGUGUAUGUUGCGGUAUUCGAACGAGACGAUGUUUGGAGUCCUGGCGACGUACCCGGGCCUAUGGAUCUGGAAUCUGAACAACGUUACGAGUCCCGAUCGGUUCAAGGAAAACCUGAGAACGCUUAUUGACGGUCUUCGGAUCAAGGCGGCGGCUGGCGGCCGCACGAGGAAGGUCGCCGCUGGGAAUGCCCCGGCGCCUGAUUUCCAGACAAUUUAUUCACUGGUUCAAUGCAGCCCGGAUUUGUCUCAUGAGGAUUGCAACAUUUGCUUAUCAACCGCCCAAGCGGAUAUACCCAGAUGUUGUGACAGUAAGACAGGGGCUAGAGUGCUCCUCCAAAGCUGCACUCUUCGUUAUGAGAUUACUCCAUUUUUUAAUGAAACUGUGCUUCAACAACUAGAGCAUGUGCCCGUGCCCCCACCCGUGCCGGUGCCCGGGUCUCCAAUAUUGCUGUCACCGCCGACAUCACCAUCAUCAUCAUCAUCAUCACCACCACCACCACCACCACCAGGUAAUAAAAAGAAUUCAUCAGCUCGAACUAUUGUUAUUAUUGGGGUUUCAAUUGCUGCAUGUGUGAUAUUAGUAGUUGUUUCAGUUGGUAUUUGUUUAAGAAAAACUAAUGAUCAAGAAAUAGCGGUCAAAAGAUUGUCCAUGAAUUCAGGACAGGGUGGUGUAGAAUUUAAGAAUGAGAUCUUAUUACUCGCUAAACUUCAACACCGGAAUCUGGUUAGACUCUUGGGUUUCUCUAUACAAGGAACUGAAAAGCUUCUCGUGUAUGAAUUUGUUCGGAAUGGAAGCCUUGAUCUCUAUAUGUUAGACCCAGCAAAGCGUUCGUGUUUGGAUUGGGAUAAACGCUACAAGAUCAUAGGGGGUGUCGCAAGAGGACUUGUGUACUUGCAUGAGGAUUCUCAACUCAGGAUCAUUCACCGUGAUCUCAAACCUGCUAAUGUACUCUUAGAUAGAGAGAUGAAUCCUAAAAUCGCAGAUUUUGGCAUGGCGAGAUUAUUCGAACAAGAUGAAACUCAAGGAAAUACAAGCAAGAUUGUCGGAACUUAUGGAUAUAUGUCGCCUGAAUACGCAAUGCACGGGCAUUUCUCUGUUAAGUCCGAUGUGUUUAGUUUCGGAGUUUUAGUCCUGGAAAUCAUGAGCGGUCAAAAAAAUAGGUCUAUCAAGAUCGGGGACAAUGUGGAGGAUCUUUUGACUUUUACAUGGAAGAAUUGGCGCGAAGGAACGACUGAGAAUAUGAUAGAUCCUGUCUUGAGAGCAGCUGGCACGGGUUCGUUACGGGAUAUGAUAAAAUGCAUUCACAUUGGCUUGUUGUGUGUUCAAGAAAAUGCUGCCAAAAGACCAACAAUGGCUUCUAUUCUUGUAAUGCUGAGCAGCUCCACCAUGACCAUGCCAAUACCUUCGGAACCAGCAUUUUUUAUGGCCAGUAUUUUGGGCCAAGACACUUCACUCUCUCAUAACUACGAUGAUUCGAACUCGUCAGAUGCUGGCAAAGGAUUCAAGACCAGGACAUCGAUAUCUGAAGGCGUAUUUAUAAAUGAUGUGACAUCUACUGAUUUAUAUCCCCGGUAA